AUGAAGUUCACCUUGGGCCUGGGGUCGCGGGCCUGGAGAGUGUCCUGGGAACGGGCGGCGGCGGCUGCGGCGGUGGGCCCCGGGGCGGGUGGCGCGCUGGGCAGCGGCUCACUGCGCGUCUCCAGCCGCCGCGGCCCUCGGCUCGCGCGCGCCCUCCCUCUAUGCCUCUCCGGCCGUGGCGGCGCCCGAGCUCUCCCGGACUGCGCCGGGCCCAGCCCCCGCCGCUCCGGCGCCAGACAGCUGGCCGGCCCGCGCGCGAUGGAGCAGACGUACGGCGAAGUGAACCAGCUCGGUGGCGUGUUCGUCAACGGCCGUCCUCUGCCCAAUGCCAUCCGCCUGCGCAUCGUGGAGCUAGCACAGCUGGGUAUCCGACCCUGUGACAUCAGUAGGCAACUGCGGGUCUCGCAUGGUUGCGUGAGCAAGAUCCUGGCGCGCUAUAACGAGACCGGCUCCAUCCUUCCCGGGGCUAUUGGGGGUAGCAAACCCCGAGUCACCACCCCCAACGUAGUGAAGCACAUCCGGGACUACAAGCAGGGGGACCCUGGCAUCUUUGCCUGGGAGAUUCGCGACCGGCUCCUGGCUGAUGGUGUCUGUGACAAGUACAACGUGCCUUCUGUGAGCUCCAUUAGUCGCAUCCUGCGAAACAAGAUUGGCAGCCUGGCGCAGCCAGGUCCCUUCGAACCAAGUAAGCAGCCUCCGCCGCAGCCUGCGCUGCCCUACAAUCAUAUUUACCAAUACCCGUACCCCAGCCCAGUGUCACCCACGGGCACUAAGAUGGGCAGUCAUCCCGGGGUCCCUGGCUCAGCGGGCCACGUCAGCAUCCCGCGUUCAUGGCCCUCCGCACAUUCAGUCAGCAACAUCCUGGGCAUCCGGACGUUUAUGGAGCAAACAGGGGCCCUGGCCGGGGGCGAAAGCGCUGCCUACUCCCCCAAGAUGGAAGACUGGGCAGGUGUGAACCGUGCUGCUUUCCCCGCCGCCUCGUCAGCAGUGAACGGGCUCGAGAAACCUGCCUUGGAGGCAGACAUUAAAUACACUCAGUCGGCCUCCAGCCUUUCCGCAGUGGGUGGCUUCCUUCCUGCUUGCGCCUACCCGGCUUCCAACCAGCACGGUGUAUAUAGCGCUCCAGCAGCCGGCUACCUUUCCCCUGGCCCGCCCUGGCCACCCACCCAGGGACCCCCGCUGGCGCCCCACGGAGCUGGUGUGGCGGUGCACGGCGGGGAGCUUGCAGCAGCAAUGACCUUCAAACACCCCAGCCGAGAAGGGGCAGACCGGAAGCCCCCCAGCCCGGGCGGCAAGACCACAGAUGCGCUUGGUAGCUUACACGGACUGCCCAUCCCAGCCUCAACCUCCUAG